UGACCGAAAUGACACCUCAAACCCGGCGAUGUGGAAUCAGCUGCCAGAAGAUACAUUUGGGUGGUCGAAGGUGGUUGAAAACAAAACAUUGACUCAGAGAAAAACAUUGUGCCGAAAACAACUAGAAUAAUGGCCGUAUUCAAUUCUGUGGAGUUUCAUACUUUCGGCAGUGCUGUCAGCAUCCCAUUCCCAUUGAUAGUGAACGUAAUCAUAUCCGUUGGUGCAUUCUAUGUAGGACAAAAGUUGAUUCCAAAGAUGAAGACAAUGUUUAUCAAUGCUAAUCUUUCGGGCAUUGAUAUGAAUAAGAGCUCUAAGCCGAGGAUACCGGAAGCGUUUGGAGUCGUGACCGGCUGUAUAUUUUUGAUCUCGCUUUUCUUAUUCAUCCCUAUCCCGUUUGUGAGGGAUUUCUCAUUGAAUAGCCAAGGAGAGUUUCCACAUAAUAAGUUUGUAGAAUUCAUUGCUGCAAUGCUUUCGAUAUGCUGUAUGAUUCUGCUAGGAUUUGCCGAUGAUGUGCUUAAUCUACGGUGGCGUGACAAACUGUAUCUUCCCACCGUUGCAUCCCUGCCGCUGUUGAUGGUUUACUAUACAAAUUUCAAUUCGACCACGAUAAUCAUGCCACGAUUUGUCGCAUCAUUUGUUGGCACUUCGCUGAAUAUUGGCAUUCUGUAUUACAUCUAUAUGGGCAUGCUGGCGGUAUUCUGCACCAACGCUAUCAACAUACUGGCCGGCAUAAAUGGUCUUGAGGUGUGCCAAUCGCUCGUGAUCGCUGGAUCGAUCAUUAUUUUCAAUCUGAUUGAAAUAUUCUCCGGCCACUGCAAGGAGGCGUACGAGUUUUCGCUUUAUAUAAUGUUCCCAUAUGUGGGUGCUACGCUGGCUCUGUGGAAAUAUAAUCGAUAUCCAUCUCAGGUGUUCGUUGGGGACACGUUCAACUAUUUGUCGGGGAUGACUUUCGCCGUCGUCGGUAUCCUGGGUCAUUUCAGUAAAACGGUUUUACUGUUUUUCAUCCCCCAGAUCAUCAACUUUCUCUACUCAGUGCCACAGCUGUUUCGAUUCAUCCCAUGUCCGCGGCAUCGUCUCCCGAAAUACGACCCCAGUACGGGUUUGUUGAACUUCAGCCGGACACAAUUUCGGACAAGUGAACUCAAUAUCCUAGGAAAGUUUUGCUAUUAUUUAUUUAGACACGCGCGAAUUAUCAAAUGCGAGGAGACCGAAGAUGGCAUUGUGACGUGUAAUAAUUUCACCAUCAUUAAUUUUGCGAUUUUGUUCACCGGCCCAAUAAGGGAAGACAAGCUGAAUAAUGUGCUGAUAAUUUUUCAGCUUGUUUGCUCGAUAUUUGCAUUCGCAAUCAGAUAUCCUUUGGCGCAUUAUUUCUAUGAAACAAUCAAUUGAUAAUAGAUAAUAAUUGAUAAGUCAAAGGCGAGAAAAUUGCUAUAGAAACCAAAGCAUUAAUUUUGAAGAGAACUGGGUAAUUAUGAAAAGCGAAAAUUAAAUAAAAAGAG